AACGGAGUGGGUUACUGGAGGCACCGGGGGAGCGAAGGAAAGUAUGUAUGACUCGCCGACCACCGGCAACCAGGAAGAGGAUCGCGGCAGAGAAUCGAGUGGGUUACCAGAGGCACCGGAGGAAGUUACUUCACGAUGGUUCUUGUUUAUUUUUUCACCAAAGAAAAACUCUCAAGAAGCGGCUGCAGAAAGAAUUGUUGGCUUUGCAGAAUGAGCCUCCACCAGGGAUGACCUUAAAUGAAAAGAGCGUUCAGAAUUCUAUUACACAGUGGAUUGUAGACAUGGAAGGGGCACCGGGAACGCUGUACGAAGGAGAAAAGUUUCAACUUUUAUUUAAGUUUAGCAGUCGAUACCCUUUUGAUUCUCCUCAGGUCAUGUUCACUGGUGAUAAUAUCCCUGUCCAUCCUCAUGUUUAUAGCAAUGGUCAUAUCUGUUUAUCUAUUUUAACGGAAGAUUGGUCUCCUGCGCUAUCCGUGCAGUCUGUCUGUCUUAGUAUAAUCAGCAUGCUGUCCAGCUGCAAAGAAAAGAGACGACCUCCAGAUAACUCAUUUUAUGUAAGAACAUGCAACAAAAAUCCAAAGAAAACAAAAUGGUGGUAUCAUGAUGAUACAUGUUGAUGCCCGCCUCAAGCCCCUCUAGAAGAUGAAUCCUGCUGAAAAACAAGCACUUUGAUCCUUCAAGUCUUUGAACUUUUACCUUUGACAAGAGGUGACUGAAUUGAAAGAAGACUACUUCCUUUUUACUGCAUUUUUACUAGUGUGCAUUGUGGCGCAUGGUGGUAGCUGUCUGAACACAUGCAGCUGACAUGCUUUCUUAGUCAUACUGGAUAAAUGCAGGCGUCAGGACGAAAUUCCAUUUUAUUUUUUCUUAUGCUUUCCAAGUUUUCCCAGGUCCUCAUGUAUUGUGCAAUAACAAUUCUAAAUGCAUGAUAGGGCCUACUGGAUGUGUUUACCAAGUGCAUUGGGAUAAGAAGGAACACUUCCAUAUCAUUGCCAUCCAUGACAUCAGGAUACUAUGCACUGUGAUUCUAAGAAUGGCAGCAUGGCUCCACAUGCUUGACCUGAAGGACGACUGCGAAACAGGAACUCUGUAUAUUUAUUCUCUUGUUUCCUUCAUGUCAGGUUGUUUGUGAAUGUCUUCUGACAAGUGCAAUGGACAGGUACAAAAAUCUCAAACCCAGGAGGUUACAUGCAUAAGUUGUAUAUAGCUAUUGAUAGUACAGAGAAGAGUGUGUGUGAUAUGCUAGGAUUUAGGCAAAGUGUACCUGCCCCCUAAAGAAAACGGAGGCAGCCCUUUUGUUAGAAUCUAGUCAUGUUUCCAUAAGUCAUUCUGCCAUUUGCUCUCUGGACUAGUUACAUUACUGAGACAGAAAGUGCCUCAUACAUUGGUGAAGUCGUAAACAGCAUUCUCCGAAAUGUCAGGAACCACCUGCAAAACGGCUGCCUCUGCCGCACAUAAGUGGUGGGUACACUUUGAUCAGGGCUUUGUAUCAGAAGGGGUGGCGAUCGAAUGUGCUGCAUAUUUUACAUAGACCUGAAUACCACAUUAUAUAGCUUUCUUUUCUCAUUUGAAGCUUCUAGUUAUGUUUUCUAGCCUUUGGCAUGGGCCCUGCUCAGUUUCAUUUAUUUAUGUUUGAAGAGAAACACAUUUUGUCACUUUUUUCUUUGUUUUGUUUAUUUUGUUGUUGUGUUGUACGUCAUGUUUAAUUAAUACAAAACUUAGACCAA